CAAAGAAUGCACGUUGUUGAUUGGGGCGACGUAACGGUCUUGACAGCCGAAUUGGGCUGGUGACAUUCUGGAGACUCGUUAGUACCACGGAGAGUCCAUACGGUGGUCAGUACCGUUGCUGAGAUCGUCGGAGCACCUGUGUUUCGGAGAGUGAAUACAUUGGAAGUCUGUUAUUUUUCGAGAUGGAGCUUGCUUUGCUGGCAAUGUUAAUUCUCGGAGCUAUGCAGCAGUCCUUGGCAUGCACAUACACACCGGCAAGACAAGAAACCACAGUGUUUGGGACGAAGAAAUAUUACUGUGACUACGUAAUAGGAAGAGGCAACUCGUCGGUUAAACUGUCUAUAAUACCGGGCUCCAGGUUCCGAACCAGCGAGUGUUCCGAAUGUCACUGUACCAGAAACGGACUCCAGUGCUGCGGGUACGGAAUCCGUUCAGCAAAUCUCGUUGUACCCAAUGAAUGCAAAGUACUUCCAGAUGGCUGUGAGCCGAGAUUAGUCCUAAAAUCCGACAAUAAAUCUGAGUGUAAGACCACACGCCCGCCUGUCAGACCGAGGCUGGAACAGACAAUGGGCCCACGUGUACAGACAGGAAGGACACGACCUCAGGUGCCGCAGACCUCUGACAAUAAAUUUCAGGCCAUGUUAACUGCGACUCGCCAAGUCGAGGGAAAGCCAGCUCCAGAAAACAACGUCCCAACUGGCCAAGGAAAACAAGUACCAGGCCACCAAGGACCAAAACAACGACUCCCUGGGAACCAAGGUAAAGUCCUAGGCAACCAAGGACCGAGACAACGACUCCCUGGGAACCAAGGUCAAGUCCUAGGCAACCAAGGACCGAGACAAAGUCUCCCUGGGAACCAAGGUCAAGUCCCAGGCAACCAAGGACCAAGACAAAGACUCCCUGGGAACCAAGGUCAAGUCCCGAGACACCAAGCCCCAAGGAAACCAGGACCUAUGAGACCAACACAAGGAAAACAAGUACCUGGACACCAAGCACCGGUGAAACAAGCCCCAGCAGGUCCAACCCUGAUUCAACAAAAGAAACCACCGACUCAGAUUGCAACCAAAUCACCUCGUCCAGCUCAAAUCGUUUCCACCCCAGCACCGGCCAAACCAACAAAUCGACCCCAGUACAGGAGACCGGCCCCGAGAUCCCCGUCUCCGAACAGGUCGUGGAGAUUUAACCCGUUCCGUCAUAGGAACCAUAUGAAUGAAGAAAGCAUGCAGCUUAUGCAACAAAUGAUGUUAUUCCAAGCACUAUCCUCGGGAAAUGCCAGUCCGCUCCAGGGUUUUAUGUUGAUGAACAUGUUAGAAAUGUAGAUACAACUUUGUAGCUUCACCCCAUGAUAUUCUGUAAAACGAUGUCUCCCUAGAUAUGUUGAUAUUCAAUAACUUUCCAUCAAUAUAUUUACACAGCCAUGUCUCGUCAUAGUUUGCGUACCCAACUCUUUAGACCGGAAGUUCAUAGUUUGCGUACUCAACUCUUUAGACCGGAAGUUCAUAGUUUGCGUACCCAACUCUUUAGACCGGAAGUUCAUAGUUUGCGUACUCAACUCUUUAGACCGGAAGUUCAUAGUUUGCGUACUCAUCUCUGUAGACCGGGAGUUCCUAGUUUGCGUACUCAUCUCUGUAGACCGGAAGUUCAUAUUUUGCGUACUCAUCUCUGUAGCCCGGAAGUUCAUAGUUUGCGUACCCAACUCUUUAGACCGGAAGUUCCCUGUAUUUAUAACGAUCUCAUGCCAUAGCAGCAAUAUUAGGCGGCACAGAAUGAGUGUCCUGACGUGGUGACCUGAUAUAAGUAAAUGUUCUCGGUGUAGAUAUACUGUCAUUAGUAUUCCCAUAGAUAUGUCAUCUGAUGGCAGAUAUUCCUGUGUAAAAGGGAUCCAUAGUAGUUAUUUAUCAUGUGAAUGAUGCAUUUUAAGCAUAAUGAAAACUCAUUACUUCAUGCUAAACUAUAAUAAGCAUCCUAACCAAAAUCAGUUUAAUGCUAAUAUUCACAAUCCGACACGCUCCAGUUACACAAACAACACCAGUACGGGGACGACACUAAUACUCACAAUCCGACACGCUCCAGUUACACAAACAACACCAGUACGGGGACGACACUAAUACUCACAAUCCGACACGCUCCAGUUACACAAACAACACCAGUACGGGGACGACACUAAUACUCACAAUCCGACACGCUCCAGUUACAUAAACAACACCAGUACGGGGACGACACUAAUACUCACAAUCCGACACGCUCCAGUUACACAAACAACAACACCAGUACAGGGACGAAACUAAUACUCACAAUCCGACACGCUCCAGUUACACAAACAACAACAACAGUACAGGGACGACACUAAUACUCACAAUCCGACACGCACCAGUUACACAAACAACACCAGUACGGGGACGACACUAAUACUCACAAUCCGACACGCUCCAGUUACACAAACAACACCAGUACGGGGACGACACUAAUACUCACAAUCCGACACGCUCCAGUUACAUAAACAACACCAGUACGGGGACGACACUAAUACUCACAAUCCGACACGCUCCAGUUACACAAACAACAACACCAGUACAGGGACGAAACUAAUACUCACAAUCCGACACGCUCCAGUUACACAAACAACAACAACAGUACAGGGACGACACUAAUACUCACAAUCCGACACGCACCAGUUACACAAACAACACCAGUACGGGGACGACACUAAUACUCACAAUCCGACACGCUCCAGUUACACAAACAACACCAGUACGGGGACGACACUAAUACUCACAAUCCGACACGCUCCAGUUACAUAAACAACACCAGUACGGGGACGACACUAAUACUCACAAUCCGACACGCUCCAGUUACACAAACAACAACAC